CGUCCAAUAGGGAUAGCUGAGAUGAAUCGUGCAGUCACGAUGAACAAUAUUUAUGAAGCUGAGAUAAAGGAUUAACUAUCAUAUCUUAAUAGUUAACAGACUAUGCACAGUUUAGAAACCACUGGAGGUGACAGCAGAAUUCCUGUGCAGUGCUUUUGAUUCAAGUGUCUUCGCGUUUUGAAUAUGGCUAGCGGACAGUCGAGUAAGGUAAUUUAUCAUGGUCUUCUUAAUAGUUUAUCAUCAUUUUAGACUUCUCAUUUCAGAUCAAAAUGAUUACUUUCGCUUUUGAUAUUUUUUUCCUUUGAAACGUAAAAACUGCGCUUAAACGAUAACGUCACUCCGUUAUAGCGAUAGAUGUAAGAGAAUCUAUUCGAUUCAAAACUAUCAUAUCAAAAGCGAAGCAGUACAGCGCCUUUCCGUGACAAAUAUCGCUCAUAAAGGAAGAGUGUCUAAUGUAAACGGAAGGCCCAGAUAAACAGUACAUUUUUUUCCGUAUUCUCCAACUAUUCUACCCAAACAGGGCUUCUGUGUAAUUGUAGUCGCUCUAUAGAAAUAUUUAAAUAUACUGUACGAAGUCAUGCAUGAUCUUGUCGCGCAUGGCUUUUGUACGCAAAAACUAUGAAAACGUUUUAUUAGUUCUAAUCUCGUUCUUACACUAUACCUUGGAAAGCUUUGUGAAACGUGAAUGCGGUAUUUUGUCGUCAGGUAGAGUCGGCUCCUUGUGGGUUCGUUUUCUUCGACUUACAACCAAAGCGCUUAUUCAAUCGUAAGAGGAAAUUAAUAAAGGGUUCGUGUAUAAAUGCUUGAUGAUAUUGUUAAAACCAUACUUGAUUUAGUAGCUGGACUAUAAAAUUUUCACUAUUCUGACUAUUCUGUUACUAUAGUUACGUGAUCCAAAACAAAUCCUAUGUAAUCCUGCCAUAACUCAUCAGCAUAUAAAUAGAUAUCGAGAUUAUUGCCCAAAAAAGUGCGACAAUUGCAGACAUCUGAUGCAGAAGACAAGUUUGAUUGUGACAGAUACCGGAGAAUCAUGUCGUAAGGAUUUCGAGAUUACGUGCUACGGUGAUCAUAUUGCCUUGUGUUUCUGCUCAGGUUCUCGGGGAAACAGAAUUGUGGUUCAAGUGGUUAAAGGGGAAAUACAUGUAACAACAAUGAGAAGAACUUGGAAAGAGUCCCUUCGAAGUGUAUUUAAACGCAACUGGAAAAGUUUAUUGGGUACUGUUCUCCGCGUUGCGGGGGUGGCAAUGAUGACAUUUGGAUCAGCUAUACCUGGUCUGCCCUUCGCAGGAGCAGUUCUUGCUGGAAUUGGUGCCGCUCUUUCCGGAGCUGAUGGUAAUACUAAUGACGCAAUGGCUGAUGGGAAGACAUACAGAAUAACUUAGGUUAAAUACUUAAUAUAGUUCCUUAGUUAGGCAAUAGUGUGUAGGCUUUUCUCGAUUGUGCUAGCACAUUUUUUGGCAUAAUUUGGGAAAACGAGCAUAUUUGAGAAAAAAAGCACUGCUUGUAUAAUCUACAUAUAUGUCUAAGUUUCAGAGCAAAAUACUAAAGCCAUGACUAUCUUUUUUCUUUAUUUUUCUUUAUGGCCUUUGCUUUAAAGCUUUGUCCAAAGUCCAAACAUUUGCACAACGUUGAUUGUAAAACCAUACUACGGUGGUAAGGUAAUCAGAAGAGUUAAAUUUGAAGAGUUCAGGAGAAAAACAUGUUUAUUCAAAACUAGUUACAAAUUUGCUUUUUCUACCAAAAGACGUUGAUUUUUUAACUUUGUAGCGUAUUUUCGACUAGCAUAAUUUAAACAAAAAACUAGCAUAAUUUUUGAAAACCGGCCUAAUU